CUAUAAGCCACCACCCAUCACAUCACAUCACAUCACAUGUGAGGUGUGAGAAUUGGUGCAAGCAAGAGAAGAGAAGAGAAGAGGAAGAGAAUGAUCGGCGUCGGAAAGAUGAAACAGUACAGUAACGUCCUCGACAAGCCCCUCACCAAGGGCAAGCAAGAGGUUAGUUUGAGUGCGUUCGCGUUCUUGUUCUCUGAGCUUGUUCAGUACAAUCAAACCCAGGUCGACAACAUCGGCGAGCUCGAACGAAGGUUGGAGGAUGCUGGAUAUGCUGUUGGGGCUCGAGUACUCGAGCUGCUUUGCCACAGAGAAAAGGGAAACAGAAGGGAGACACGGCUGUUGGGUAUUCUUUCUUUUGUGCACAGUACAGUGUGGAAAGUAUUAUUCGGAAAGGUAGCUGACUCGCUGGAGAAAGGAACUGAACAUGAAGAUGAAUACAUGAUCAGUGAAAAAGAGCUCCUAGUAAACAAAUUCAUUUCUAUCCCAAAGGACAUGGGGACGUUUAACUGCGGAGCAUUUGUUGCUGGAAUAGUACGGGGUGUCUUGGAUAGUGCCGGAUUUCCAGCUGUUGUAACAGCUCAUUUCGUGCCCAUGGAAGGUCAGCAACGGCCUCGGACGACGAUUUUGAUAAAAUUCGCUGAGGAGGUGUUACGUAGAGAAGCAAGAUUAGGCUGAUGUUUAUACCAAGAAUUUUCAAGAUAUUUAUGAUGCUGUACACCAAUAUAGAAUGAUGUGGAACUUGCGUACUUUGCAUGUGAACGCAACUUAGUAUUUUCGACAGCCUUAUUCUAAACUCUUGUUUUUCAUUCCAAUGUAUGUUAUGCUUUGAAGUCAAGAAUUAUCCUUACUGUCCUAAAUUAUGAUGUACAAAAAGAAAAAGUCUGGUGUUUCUUAAUUAAUUUCAAUUCCUCCUGUGUUAUUUACACUAAGAAA